AUCUUAAAUGUGUUUACUUCUAGAUGUUGGUAAAUUCCAAGUCCUGGAUGUCGCGUGUCCCCCUGCAGCAGCGCGGCUUCCCAGCACCGCAGGGGCGCGGCGAGCGCACCGCCGGCAACUUUGGGCUCGGCGCGGCUCGGCCCCGCUCAGGAGCCUCGCCCGGCCCGCCAGGAGCCAGCAGCCAGCGGCGACUUGUGCCGGUGGUGCCGUCCUCGGAGAGCGCCCGGCCCCGGCCCCGGGUCCCCCGGAGCCGCCCCCCGGCGCCGCCCCCGCUCCUCGCUCCCCGCUCCCGCCGCUCGCCGGGGCCGCGCAGCGCGAGCACGGAGCGCGCCCGCCUCUGCCCGGCGGCUGCGGCCGGCGCCUUGGGGCCAGGGCUGUUGCUGGCCGCCUGAUGCCGCUCGUCUCGGCACGGAGCGCUUCCAGGUGUCCUGCCCCCGAUGGAGGCCGGCUGGAGGAUGCCCACCCGGGAUCAGCAUCCUGCCCCCAAGGGGUAACCGGGUGCCGGCCGCGUUCCGGGGGCGAUGGGCACGCAGCGGGCUCGCCCUCAGCCCGCCUGCCUGGGCAGGGAGCAGCCGGCUGGAAGAGGAGGAAGGCCGCCGGCAGCAGCCGCGUCCCGAGCGAAAAGGAGCCGCGCACAGCGUAUGCAGUCGAGCUGGAGUGGGAAAGGAGAGGCGAGGAGAGCCAUUCCGGCACGUACAGUAACGGGAAGGGAAGCUGCUACAACAGAUCGCAGGAAUGGGAAGAGCAACGCCGGGCACUGAGAUGGCCUAAACGAAAGACGGGAUAAAACCCAGGGCUAGAUUCUGAGAACUUCUC